CCACUCAAGGGGGAGUAUUGAUAUUACCUCGAGGACAAUUAAAAUUUAAUGAUGCUGGAAGUAAACAAAAAUAAAUAAAUAAGUAAAUCCGGUGGACAGGAGGUACAGUUGCUAUCAACAAUGUUCCUCUCUUCUUUGCACUGCACGGCAGAAUUUUUGCUUAAAGUUAGAAAAAUGUCUUGGGAUUAUUUUCCACCCAAAAUAGUUGGUUUAAGAAAGCUGCGGUGGAGCUUAUGUGUUGUGUAAUCACGCUGACUGUGUUUUAAAAUCCUCCUGCAGCAUCAACUACAUCCAGUUCAUAGUUCACAGCCUUCCCUGAGGCACUUGUUAAGAAUUUCUGCAGAAGUCCUCUGCCUUUAAGUGGGCCCGGGUGACGUCGCUUAGCAUUGAACUCUAGAAGCGGGCUCCAAAGCUGCACACAAAAACAAGAGGGACGCGGGAAAGCAGCGUGGAAGUUCAAAAAACGCCCCCAGCAACAAUGCUUCUCAGGGUAAAACACUCAGUCCAGCGCCUGAAUAACUGCGCUCCUGUCCUGCGGAAGAAGACACUCGGGAGGUUUGCUUGGACUCUCUGUGCAGCAGCAAAGCGAAAUGCAGGUGAAGCAUCUGGGAGUUUUAAGUCGCAUUUCCCCACGCAGUGCUGCAGAAAGCAUGCGUCUGAUGCUGCGUACAGCCGAGUCUUCGCGGCGGCCAGGGACAACCCUGAGAAGUUUUGGGCUGACGUGGGGCGCGACAUAAACUGGUUUGAGCCGUGGAGUAAAACUCUGCACGUUGAGGAUCCGGUGUUCCCAAACUGGUUUGUCGGCGGAAAGCUAAACAUGUGCUACAAUGCCGUCGAUCGACACGUAGAAGGCGGCCGUGCAGAGCAGCCUGCGAUCAUAUACGACAGCCCGGUGACCGGAACUAAACAGAUCAUCACUUUCAGGGAACUUCAGGACCAGGUGUCCAGGUUAGCAGGAGUCUUGGUGAAGAAUGGGGUACAGAAAGGAGACCUUGUUGUCAUCUACAUGCCCAUGGUGCCACAGGCCAUGUUCACCAUGUUGGCCUGUGCACGGAUCGGUGCCCCACACAGCCUCAUUUUUGGCGGCUUCGCCUCUAAAGAGCUGUCUGUCCGCAUCAAUCACGCUAAGCCCAAGCUGUUGGUUACAGCCUCAUUUGGCAUCGAGCCAGGCAGAAGAGUGGAGUACAUCCCUCUGGUGAAGAAGGCCCUGGAGAUGAGCUCUCACAGGCCCACGAAAGUCCUCAUCUACAACAGGCCGAACAUGGAAAGGGUAUCGAUGAGUCGCGAGUUGAGCCUGGACUGGGAUGAAGAGAUGGCCUCUGCUAGGCCACAUGACUGUGCCUCUUUGCCCUCCAACCAUCCGUUGUAUGUACUCUAUACAUCUGGGACCACUGGGACGCCAAAGGGUGUUGUGCGAGACACUGCAGGCUAUGCUGUGAUGCUGAAAUGGACCAUGUCAAAUAUUUAUGGACUCAGUCCCGGAGAAGUUUGGUGGGCAGCUUCAGACCUAGGCUGGGUGGUUGGCCAUUCUUAUAUCUGCUAUGGUCCUUUGCUACACGGUAACGGCACUGUUCUCUAUGAGGGAAAACCUGUAGGGACUCCAGACUCUGGGGCCUUCUUCCGUGUCUUGUCUGAACAUGGAGUCUCUUCAAUGUUCACAGCGCCCACUGCUAUGCGUGCUAUCCGCCAGCAGGACCCCCAAGCUACAAUUGGAAAAAAAUAUCCACUGACCAGGUUGAGGUCAUUAUUCGUGGCAGGAGAGCGAUGUGAUGUGGAGACCCUGCAAUGGGCAAAAAGGAACUUUGGAGUUCCUGUUCUGGAUCACUGGUGGCAAACUGAAACUGGCUCAGCUAUUACUUCCAGUUGUAUCGGUCUGGGAAACUCACUCACGCCACCUGCAGGCCAAGCUGGCAAACCGGUUCCAGGUUACAAUGUCACAGUGAUCGAUGAUAACAUGCAGGAGGUGAAGCCAAGAAGUCUGGGAAAUAUUGUGGUGAGAUUGCCUUUACCACCUGGGGCAGCAUUGUCUUUAUGGCAGAAUCAAGAUCUGUUCAAGAAACUCUACUUCACAAAGUUUCCAGGAUUCUACGACACCAUGGAUGCUGGUUUUAUGGAUGAGGAGGGCUUCCUUUACGUCAUGUCCCGGUCUGAUGAUGUCAUCAACGUGGCAGGCCACAGGCUCUCUGCUGGAGCACUGGAGGAGUCAGUGCUGCAGCACGCUGCAGUGGGAGACUGUGCUGUGGUAGGGCAAGAAGACUCUCUGAAGGGUCAUGUUCCUUUGGCUCUGUGUGUGCUCAAGAAUGGUGUGCAGAAAACGGAAGAGGAGAUCGUGAAUGAGAUCGUGAAACUUGUGAGAGACACCGUCGGUCCAGUGGCUGCCUUUAAGAAAGUGCUCUUUGUCCGCGGGUUGCCAAAGACACGUUCUGGAAAGAUUCCUCGCUCCUCUUUAUCCAAUCUGGUCAAUGGCAAGCCCUACAAGAUCUCUCCAACUAUUGAGGACCCGGAGGUGUUUAAAGACAUCGAGAAGCAAAUAGAGAGAGCGUUCAGACACGGUGCAGCCUGAGUUCAUCAGUGGGAUGCCAACUGGACAGUCUGAGCAGUUUCUGGCAACACAAAAGUCACUCCAUUAAUAAUAAGUGUGCAAAAAUGCUCAUGCUACGCACAAAGUGCUGCAAAUGUGAGCACAAUUUCUCAGUGAAAUAAGAAACUUUUCUUGUUUUCUAAAUUAAGAAAAGGUAGACAUUGAUGUCUAGCCUUUGGAAACCAGUCCAGAUCCACACAAGUGGAUUCAUAUUUCUAUUUUGAAUGGAUCAUACAGUUAGAUCUAGAAAUAAUUGAAUAAUCAUUUUUAUGAUUCUGGCUAUCAGUCAUGAAACAAAAGUAAUGCAACUAAAGUGCAGACCUGUGUGUUUAAUGCAAGGGAGUGAACAAAAACGUCAUAUGAAGCAUUUAGCAUUUGUUAAUGUAGUCACUUUAUGUUACUAACAAAGGCUAAAUCCAAAUGAAUGAACAGCUUUAGCUGGAACGGCG